CUAUCGCCAGCAACAAACAACCCACCUCCUCUCGGCAGUGCGCUCAGUAACGGAGGUGCUGUUGGUGCGGUACGCUUCAUCCGCAGAAGAGUACCUUGGCAUUUUGAAAGAAUUCCUCUUGAAGAUAGACACUGUCUUUAUCUCCUGUACACUGGUAGCCGUGAGGGUUAGACUAGCAUCGCGUGUUUCGCUCUGAACAUUAUAAUUAUCUAAUAGCCACUAACACUGCGGUAAUAGUAGUAGUAUUAUUAUUAUAGCUGUGUGAUAUCUUGAGGUGGGUGGAGACAACGUUAUCGUACCAGCGGGGACGCGGAGUGGACUUUCUUCGCUGUGCUGUCUGCUCCUGGCCUCACGGGGUCCAAUACAAAUAUGGCUGUUCUAGCAAGCCGACCUUCCUCGCCAUCACCAUCGCCAACGUCGGGCAUCCUCCUGGCCGCGGUGGUUGUUCUCGUCUUGACAUCGCACGCUCCGUACUGCCGAGCUCAGUUAGCGCAGUGUGAGCUGUGUCCGUGCACCCGACUCAGCAACAAGGCAGCCAGUGGCCCCGUGGAACUGCUGCUCACGCGGAGCCAAAGCUCGCCAGUCACUCUAUCCACAGUUAGCAGUAACGAAAUGUAUCGAGUUCGACUGCAGACGAGCGUCGAGUUCCAGGACUUUCACGUGUGUGCGGUCAGCGAGCGCAAGAGCAUACACACGGAGUUUCCCGGCCGCUAUCUGCCAUUGCAGGCACGCCUGAUGGCCACGUGCAACAAUGUGGUGACCAGCGGGCAGCAGUUCAAGCGCAAGCCCGGCUCCAUCGGCGAACUGCAGUUCCUGUGGAGAUCGCCAGCGGACCAGGGAGAGUGUGUUCAACUAAGUGCUUGUGUGCAGCUCUCGAUGGGUGCCAGUGCCGACAAGUGGGUUCAUCGCAGCUUGCGUGUGUGCACUGAGGGUGCAGCACCACCCCCACCUGCAACCACGCAGGCACCACAGCCACCAGUUGAGACUCAACCUCCUCCAGCUGAAACCCAACCUCCCCCGGUCGAGACCCAACCUCCCCCGGUCGAGACCCAACCUCCCCCGGUCGAGACUCAACCUCCCCCGAUCGAGACCCAACCUCCCCCGGUUCAAACUCAGCCACCUCCAGUUCAGACCCAACCACCACCACCUCCGGUUGAAACGCAAAGCCCCGUUCUGCCUCCAAGCGGCACUGACAGACCAACGAAUCCUCAAUUCACUCGGUUUGCCCCAGCAGCCAGCGGUGGAUUUGCGGGCCCUGCCACGGUACCCUCACAAGGCGUUCGUUCUGUUUUCCCUGGUCCAGCGUUUAGUCAGGGAACGGCUAUCACAUUGGCAAAGGACCUAUCGGGAGAGCCAGUAACCAUGUUCAACUCGGACGUGUUCUAUCAGUUGUCGGCAACAUCCACUCAGGCGUUCAAGCGUUGCUACUUGCUAGUGGUGGCUGAGCCUAGCUACGCUGGCACGGUACCGGGAGAGUUCGCCGGACGCAUGAGACCAGGCGGUGAAAAGCGUCACCAAGGUUAUCGUAAUCUGAUUGAGUGCAGUGCAGCACAAGGUCUGACUGCAACGUCAACAUCGGUUUUCUGGAAGGCACCGAAAGACACACCAUGCGUUCAAGUCUCGGUGUGGUUUGAGUUGACGGACCGCGUCCUCACACGUUCCGAUGCUCUGUUCUGUCGGGUGUCCUAUCCAACCAACACAGGAUCCUGUCCUGCAGGCCGUCCUGCCACUGAGACCUGUUCAAGAUGCAGUCCCACUAGUAGCCUUUACUUCAGCCACACGGGGAAUACCCCACCGCCUUGCUGUAAUGGAGUACCACUGGGUCCUGAUCAGCAAUGCUGUGGUGGUUCCAUACAGCCGGGAACGAUAGGCAAAGGCUGGCUGUGCUGUGGAAAUCGCACGUCGUUUAACCCGGAGGAGGCCACCUGUUGCCGUGGAAACAAGCAGCUGGGCCGUGCAAACGACGUGUUCUGCUGUGAGCAGAAAUCCUUCAGUCCAGCUACCAUCCUGACCCGCAGCAGUCAGGUCAGGUGCUGCGGUGAUCAAGCCUUCGAUCCAUCUGAUAAACUGUGCUGUGGAGGAGCUCUGCGCAACACCUGGUCGGGAGUGCUGGGCACACAGAUGGCAUGCUGCCCGUACGACGGCUACCCGUUCAACCCGACGACGCACAACUGCAUGCUGUGCCGUGGCUCGCCGAGCCGUGUCAUCCAGCCCAAGAGCCUACCACUCACGUGCUGUGGCACGAAGCCGUACAACAUGAGCGAGUCGGUGUGUUGUGACUUCAGUAGAGAAGUGCUACUGCCUGCAGUGUACACAAGAUCCGGAUGCUGUGGAGGACAGGUAUACGACCGCGACAGUGGCCUGUGCUGCCUUGGGCAAGUAUCACGUGCUCAGCCGGGAGAGCGAGUAACGGCCAACUGGCGCUGCUGCGAGACGCAGGCGUUCGACCCCGCCACACACGAGUGCCUGGAGUGCUCCGGGUUCCGGCGACUGGUUCCCCUCAGCGACGCGUACAGCUGCUGCGGAAUCUCGCCGUUCAGCCGCCUCUCCUCGCUAUGCUGCAAUGGCCAGGUGCUGGCGCUGAACCAGACCUUCCGCAGCACUCAGGAGCUACCGCAGUUUGCAUGCUGCGGCAAUAGAGCGUUUGACCCGGCCACACAGACUUGCUGCUCGCUGACCGAAUCGGCGGUAGUGAACGCACGUGGCACUAGCUGCUGUGGCACACGCGCCGUGUACAACACGCUCCUGGGAGAACGCUGUAUCCAGUGCCAGGGUGGACCACCGCGAGCCAUGGAAGCCUCCGAUGCCAGAAUCUGCUGCGGAUCUGAGCUGUACUUACCAGAUGAGUCGGCGUGCUGCCUGAAUCCGCUGCGUCCCAAGCUAUUCGACAUCACACGUGAGCGCUCGGCAUCGCCUCGUCUGUUCUGCUGCAACGGCACCGCCUUCGACGCCAACAUGGAGAAGUGCUGUCCAAACACGAAUGCCAUCGUGUCGGCCAACUCCUUCUGCUGAUCUGCCGCUGCCUGUGCACUUCAUACAGUGAAGUGUCAGCUUCUCGCUAAUUGACUUGCUGUGCAGUGUCUGGCUGCGAAGUGUCACCCCUCUCUCUCUCUUGUACCACAGCGUGUCUCUCUACAAAGUGUCUCGUUCUCAGAGCCUUUAUUCAACUCUAAACUCUAGGAUCCAUUCGAUGAUUUCCCUGCGUGUAUACAAGUCAUGUACAUGCUUCAGCAUGGUGUUGUGAUUUCUAUCGGUUUGGUUGGUCGUCUAUUCUUGUCUGUGCUGCUGCACUGUGGAGCCGGUGGAGAUCGCACACAGUUGGCAUUCUGCAAACUGUCUCAGUGCUGUCUGCAUCACUCCCCUUUGUCUUCGAUCAGCCGCCAUGAUUGUCUGAUGUAUGCUAUGCGUAAUUGGAAGUCUCCCCCCCCCCCCCCCCCAGAGAAUCGCAGCUACAUGAGCGACAAUCAUCCUGUAUUUACACUCAAGUUUGAGUAUUCAUGGUACUGUAUUUGCAGCCAGCAACCGGCACCACAUAAUUACUGGAAUUUCCACACGCACGCACGCACGCACACAGUUUCUUGCACGUUCAUCAUCACUACAUUUUUGCCAAUUCUGUAUGCUUUGAGCCUUAAAGGUAAUAUGUACUAAUAACAUAUUUCCAGCGCUCUGCAGCGCCGGGCAAAGGA